CCUGUCAGAACUUUACUGUGUCCCAUGAGAAGACAACUGGGGAGACCAUGUUGCAGAGGGACAUUUUCAAAGUCUUUAUCAAAGACUCCACGGAGGGAGGAGCAGGGACAAAACUACGACCUGCACUGGGUCACAUGAGCACCUCUCAACCUGAAGCCUCUGCGUCAGUCAGUGUUCCCUCUGAAAAUACCACCAACCCCGUCGCUGCCUCUAUGGAAACAGCUGUUGAUCAACACAGGGACAUUUCCCAGCGGCAUUAUGGCAGUACCUCUGGACUUGCUGAGGUUAGCUCGGGUUUCUUUGCAAAUAUAGCGUCUGUGUCAGAAGACAGAAUGAGCCCAACCAACUCGGCAGACCUGUUCCCCACCCUGGCUUCAUCCAGAGAGUCCAUCCUCUCCGAGGGCUCGGACAGAGAGAAGAGCUGGUCGGCCAUGGAGCUUUCCUCUCUCACCUCUCCAUUCUCUCUCAGCCGCACUGUAUCUCCCUGCUCAUCUGUCCGCUCGGGCACUUUCACACCUAGUGUCAUUCAGAUAAAGAGACACUUUCUUGCUCCUGGCUCUAGUCUGAUCCACACCCCUUGUUUUUCAUCCUGCGAGAGCCUCUCCUCCUCCGUGGGUCCCCAGUCCCCUCCUCCUCCUCCCCGGCACCGGCCUCCUCUCACCCGACUCUCCCUCCUCACUGCCAUCCUGAGAAAAGGCCGUCUUCCUAUCCUGUCCCCUGCUCUGCAGAGGCCUUACACCCCCUGCUGGCCUAUUAACCCUGUGACCCUGUCUUUCUGUAAUGCAUGCGCAGCGGCCUCCAGUGUGGCCUCUAUUCCCCUUAAGUUUUCAUCUCGGUUCUCUUCAUCAGCGUCUAUAGAUAGUCAGAGCCACGUUCACCGGGAGCCUAAUAGAUGUGCCACGGCUCCACCACCUGUGAAGUCGAAUGAGCCCAGCGGAACAUGCUUUCAUACUGAGGCGGAAACACGCUCUGAGAAAAUGUGUACUAGUAGUGCGCCUAGAUGGCAGCAGGUUAUUUCACCCCCUGGAGUGAAGAGCGUGCUGCCUCGAGCUCCUCCAUUAUUUUGCUCAAAUUUCAAAUCUGUUCCUCCCUUAAAGCAUGAAGACAUAAACCAAAAGCUGCAACACACACACAGGUCUAUUUCCAAGUCGCCUGAGAUGAAACCCAUCAACACUCAAAUGUACCUCAAGGGCCCUUCAGACCAGAACCUGAAAACACGAAUCUCCCCAUCCCCUAAAGUUAAUAAUGAGCUAGAGACCUAUGCACCCCAGCAAUGGAAUCCUCCACCAAAUUCAUCUCCCUCAAAGCUUCACUCGCUCUCUCGACAACUGAUAUCCCCUCCUCUCGUUCAGCCUUCACAAUCACGAUCAGACAGUGUCGAAAUGUUCUGUGACAGAGCAUCACCACCUGCACAAAACACCACAGAUUGGUGUGAGCCAGGAAGAACCUACCCUGAUUCUAAAAGUGCCACAACCUCUUCAAUUCGUUUUCACAGAGCUCACUGUCUGUCUCCUUCCCGCUACACAGCCAUGGCUUUUCCUGGAUGGCUGCCACCCACAAGCACCCCCACGCCUACGCCCUCCCCUGCUCCACCAAUCAGAGACUUCACCCCGUCACCUUCUCUCUCCAUGCGCUCCACGCCCUCCCCGAGGCCAGGGAGUGCUAUAUCCGACUGCAGUGACAGAGAGGGUAAAAAAAGAAAGACACACAGAAUUAAGUUAAGCUACAAAUCGCUCGCUGCAAUUCCCUCAAACACCCUUCUGUUGGAUCAACAGGCAAUAGACGAGCAGGUGGAGAGAGAAGAGAGUCCAUGUGACAGGCUGAAUGUGGUAGAUACAAUUGAGAGAGGUGUUGCAGACACCCACGCUGAGAUGUGCUCACCCGCUGAGCUCCGGCAGCAGUCCGAGGAACUCUAUGCCGUUAUUGAUGAGAUAUUGGCGGACUCCAUUCCAGCAAGCAAAACAUCCCGGUCAUCGACUAAUAAUGUGGGUCUGCAGCAGAACAACUCAUCAUUUACAAAAACCCUGGGACGUGAAACCAAAUAUGCCUCUGUUUGCAGCUUGCACCCAUCAACUGGUGUGGAUAGAAAGCUGAUCAAUCCUAAAAAGACGAAUCCCGGGGUUAUUCGCCCGAUGACGGCGAUCCCAAGUCUGACAGUCGAUGAUGAAGAACAUUUUCAUCCAAACCCUUUCAGUCCAUUUGCCGUCAAGCAGACCUCCUCUGCCAACAAAAAGAUGGGAAGAAUGAAUCUUGCAGAUGCAGGAACAGAUUUGUACUCAAGAUCAAAAGGCCAAAAGAGAGGUCCAUUCUCGGUCUGUGAGCUGCAGAUUAAAGAGCCUGAAGACCAGAUGAGUCCACUUGUUAAAGCUGCCUCAACGUCUUUCAGUCCAAGAGAAGGGCGUAUGGAAGCUCACGAGACUCAUAUUUGAACCAUUAUCACUAAAGCACCAAAAGUUGAACAAGCCUUAAACUAAGCUACGCACGUCAUGUUUCCAAAUAUACAGUUAACAUUGAUAAAUGAUGGCAGAUUUACAACUCAAAAUGUGUUUUCUACUUCGUAAAACUAUGGCCUAGUGUCAGACCAAAGUAGACUCCACUUCUAUAUGCAAAAUGGAUUACUGUUCUGCUUUCUGUUCUUAAAGGUCACCUAUUAUUUAAAAUCCUCUUCUUCAUGUCUCUUCUACAUCAACAUGUGUCCCCUCUGUGUAAAGAGA